UUUCUUCCUAGCAACACAAGUUUGGUUUGGCAUUGGCAAAUCGUACGAUCGUGUCUGUAGCAUAAUGCCGGCUCGGCUAUUUACCUUUUCUUUACCAUGCCAAUUAUAAAGAAAAAUGCGAAUUAAUGUAUUGACAUAAUAGUGUACAAAGCAGGACUGUUUGUGCAAGUGACACUCCUAGUUAAGUUAAUUUAUUCGAGCAUGAAAGUGUGCGACUCGUCAUCAAAAAUGAAUUAUCGGAUUUUAUGGUUUAUAUCGAUACUUUCUUUAAUAAGAAAUGCAACAGGACUCGGCGAAAUAAUUUACGCUAUCAACGCUGGCGGACCUGCGCACACAGACAUAUACGGCAUUCAUUAUGAGAAAGAUCCUUUACACGGCAGAGUUGGCACCGCGUCCGACUACGGAAAACAGCUGGUAAUGAUUGGCAGAGCCAACCCGAAGGAUGAGAUCUUGUACCAGACGGAGCGCUACCACCACAGCACCUUCGGCUACGACAUCCCAGCCAACAAGGACGGGGACUACGUGCUAGUUCUCAAGUUUAGCGAAGUGUACUUCAACGCUCCAAAUAUGAAAGUAUUUGACGUAGUCCUCAACGGUGACCACACCAUAGUGGCCGAUCUAGACAUUUUCGACAAAGUGGGUCGUGGUGUGGCGCAUGACGAGUAUAUUCCAUACUCUAUUAGAAAUGGGAAAUUGUAUUAUAAUGAGGAAGAAUCUGAUAUUAGAGGAGGAAAAAUAAAGGUUGAGUUUAUUAAAGGUUACCGAGACAAUCCCAAAAUUAAUGCUUUAUAUGUGAUGAGGGGUACUAUAGAUGAAGUUCCUAAACUAUCACCACUAGUAUGGCCUGACAAUGAGGCAGAGGAGACUAGGGACGAGGUGGAAGAAAAAACUACUCCAUCACGACGGGCAAGUGGUCCCAAGCAGCCCGACCCCUACUCCAUGGAUGAGAGCUCUGUGCUCAUCCCUGUGUUCAUCACCAUCGGAGCCUUUGUGCCCCUCUUGUUUUGCCUCUGCAAACUGUAGUCUCUCUUGUGUUUCAUGUUGUUCUGUGUGACUAGAAUCUUAUGCACUAUUAUUAAUUUUCAUACACUGGGUAUGCUGUAUGUUCUUAACUUAUUGCCAAUUAUUGUUUUACAUAAUUUUAUGUGCAUGAAACUAUGUAUUUGCCAGGCCAAAAAUACUAAGGCCUAACCUUUGCAAAGCAUAAUAUAUUGAAAUAAAUUAGGGCACAAUGGAGCAAGAUGACUUAUACUUAAAGUGCAUAGAAAUUAUGUAAAUAAAUAAUAUUCAGUUA